AUGGUUGAGAUAGUAUGCACGGCUUUACAUAUUCGUGAAACAUGUGAUGGAAUGGCAUCAAUGUUAUUAGGGGCGCUUAAGAUCAGUGGUGAACAACACGUGUGCUCUAUGAUCGGUCUCUGUGGCGGAAAUGGAAGUUUACUAGAUGUGUCUUUUAUUUUGAAACCACUCACUAGUAAAGUUGAAUCUGCUCUUGGCUCUCUCGUCAACAUUACAAGUGAUGCUCAAGGACUACUGGGUGAUUCUAUCAACCAGACAACUGGUGGGAUUAGGAGUCUCAUCGAUGGCAGUAAACAAAUUGGCGAAAAGUUUAAGAAAACAUUUCCAUUCUUCGGACGCCGCAAAAGAAGUAACGUUGACGAAGCUAGCGCGAGUUCUGGGCAAGAAUCCGAUCACAUUUUCGAAGAAGAAUUGCAUUCGAAUCUUCGAGGUGAACAGCAUUGGAUGCCGUCUUCUGCACUCAAGGUGGCAAAGAAAUUCCUUGAGCAACUCGAAGCUCCGCUACCAGAAAACGCCACAGACGUUGAGAAAGCACUCUACUAUUUGACUAAAGGAAUGAAAGAGAAAACUCUCAAAGCAAUUAACAAAAAAAUAGAAAAGUCAUCGGCACAGUAG